CGCAGCUUACUCACCUCUCAUCCUCUGAUACUCCGUACGGAACAGCUGUAAUCCGGUGGCGACCAGUCAGAAUCCGACUCUAUAGUUGGCAGCGGCUGAAUCAUUUGACCCUUUUCUUGCUUGCUCUUUUUUCAUUUAACAUUCGUCGACCAUUUUUACGCGCAAUCCGACUCACGCCAAUUUCUCUCUGUUUCAUGUCCUCUCGGCAUCUUUAAUCUGACUCGUUUUCGUCAUGCCUGGUAUUCAACUGGGCACGGCAACUGGCCCUGCAAAACUUAAGGCAGUGACCGAGUUGGUCAACAAGCUCACCGAGGAUCUUGAUAAAGCCUCACUUCUUCCCAAAGACCGAGAUGAGGCUCUGGAAGAACUGAAGAUCUACGGGCGAGACCCCCGGAAUGCAGAUCCUAUCUUUACCAAAGAUGGCAUCUCUAUGCUUUUACGGCAUGGAUUCAACAGCUCGUCCGGUGACACAGCCCGAGCUGCCUUGAGAGUUUUGGCUAAUUCGAUGCUGCUAAAACCUGAAACAAGGCGAAUGCUCGUAGACCAAGGAUUUGCUAUAAAGGCUUGCGAAGGAUUAAAAACUGACAACUGGGAUAACGAGUUUCUCACGUCACGCAUUCUCUUGCUUUCUACUUACGGAACAAAGGAGCAUUUGGCUAAUCUGAUUGCUGAGCACCAACUCGCUGAGAAUAUCACGGAGAAUCUCAGCCGCCAUGCUAAGCUUGCAGCUACCAAGCCCGUACAGCCACAGCCUAUGGAAGAUAUGGCGCUCGCCGAGAUUCUUAAGCUGCUGUUUAACGUCACUCACUUUUGUAAAGAUGAAGCCUCUCGAUUUAGCUCAGCGGUGCCGCACAUUGUCGAGUUAUUCUGGAAACAAGAUAUCCCAACAUCUAAGCCAUUAGAGUCGCCUUUCGGUCCAUUAGCCAAUACUCUCAUUAACCUCGAUAUAUCCACGGCCACAAACCAAGCAGCCCUCUUCCCCAGCUCUGAACCCAAUAAAGUCGCGGCUAGACUGAUAUCUCUCCUUGAUUCGGCAAUGGCGAAUUAUGGGGAUAAUGAUAUCGACGUUACCGUCACACCUUUAAUCAGCACGAUGCUCAAGGUCCAUGAGAAUGCUCCCAGCUCAGUCCGUCAAUAUAUGAGCAGCAAGCUGCUCCCAACCGCAGAGGACCGACAAUCAGUUCUUGGGAAAGGCAAGACACUAUCCGCAAGAUUACUGAAAAACUCGACCAACCCAAUGGCUCCUGCUCUACGAGAUGCCAUCUCUCACCUCCUCUUCAAUCUAUCAGACAAGGAUGCAUCGAAAUUCGUUGAGAAUGUUGGGUAUGGGUUCGCUUCAGGCUUUUUGUUCCAGAAUAAUGUACCGAUCCCCGGAAAUGCUUCAACGACCUUCAAUGCAGGCGACUCUACCGGUGCUCAGAGGCUUGUAAAUCCCAUCACUGGGCAAUUCUUGGAUCAGGAAAAGGUUUCGGAGAUGCCACCAAUGAGUGAAGAUGAGAAACUAAGCGAGGCAGAGAGAUUAUUUGUGCUCUUCGAACGACUUAAGAAGAACGGCAUCAUAGAUGUCGAGAACCCCGUCGCGCAGGCAAUGCGAGAAGGGAAAUUCCGUGACCUUGGCGAUGAUGAGGUGGAAGAGCUUGACUAAGCGUAUCACCCCUCAUGCGAUGUACAUGUACCCAGUUAUUAUCCGUUGCAUAAACAUCUUUUAGGGCAUAGCAUUGAAGUUCUAGAGUCUUUGCGAGCGGCAGGGUUUUGGUAUACCUACUUAGACCAGCAGAUAUUUUGUUGUGCCUGAGGCGAAGUCAGUCCUUAGCAUGGAUACAAUCGAUUAAUAUACUAUUUUAUUUACCU